AAGUAGUAAAUAUUUAGAUAAGCUAGAUAAAAAAUUGGCGGUUAAGUAUUAUAUUAUUUGUAGUAACCAAAAUGCUAAACUAACAGCAUUUAAAAAAGACAUUUCACUUUUUGUAGAUUUGAUGGGAGUUUCUACAGAGGCUAUUGAUGCCUUAUCACAUGCUGGUAUAAUGAUUUCACAAAGGCAUCUUGAUAGAGAGAAAACAGCUAUCGCUGAUAAUCAUCCGCAUAAGCUUAAAAAUAUGACUCUUCACAAAUACGAUGAUCGCAUAAAAGAACGACAGGAAGAGCGUAAAAUGAAAGAUACAAUUCUUUUAGACUUUUUUGAAUUAAGUCUAAAAGAUAUGGAUUC